CUCUAGCCAUCUGAAAACAAAGAAUACAUAGAAUAUACAAGCCUUAUCAUGGGCUCGUCCGACGUCGGGAUCGGAGAUGCCGAUAUAUUUCCGGGCAAGGAGAAGUGACGGCGACGACUGGUACGAGAUCAAGAGCGAUGAUUCCACCACUGUUGACGACCAAAAAAGCCAAAUAAGGUCUCCAAUUUUCCCUCCGCCAAACCACCUCGCUCAAUCUUCUACCAUAGCUGUGGGUUCUAGGAUAUAUGUCAUCGGGGGUUGCGAUUUCUCUGGUGAGUACACCCCAAUCCCAGAGACCUUCAAAGAUGUUUAUUACCUGGAUACUCUUUGUCCUGAAAAUGGUUGGCACAAGGCAUUUUCUAUGAUGAAACCAAGAGAGGCGCCUUACUCUAUAGCCUCGAAUGGAAAGAUGUACGUGAUGGGAUCAUCUGCAAUGGGUGAGGAGGACCCAUAUCCCUGGGCUGAGGUUUUGGAUACAGACCUGGGUGGUGGUUGGACUCCGUUGCCUGAAGAUAAAAGUAUGGAUCUUGCCGUAACCGGCCAUGCAGUAUUGGAGGGUGGGAACCGAAUUCGAGUCCAUUCUGUGUUCGAUCCUUGCCUACACUAUUACGACGUUCAAGAUAAAUGUUGGGGGAUAUAUUCUAGGGAUUUUGGCGUCAACAAGAAUUCAUCAACCUUUUUGGAUGGUGUUGUGUAGUAUGUUGAUUGGACAACCCCCGGGGUGAU